GUUACAAAGACGAUAAAAAAAAAAUCUCAAUUAUCGUUCGUAUUUAUCAUUACCAUGGGCACGCAAGUAGAUUACAAUUUACAAAGAGACAAAAAGGGGGUCCACUAUUAGCCAGAGGAUUUUAUAGAGGAAGUGGAGUUCAAGGUUGAGCAUAGUUUCAAUUCAAGAUUCCAAACAGAAAAACACCUUGAAUUUUGAUAGCAAUGGCGGAUGCUAAACAGCUUCACAUAGCUAUGUUUCCAUGGCUAGCCUUUGGCCACAUGAUUCCAUACCUUGAACUAGCCAAACGGAUUGCUCAAAGGGGUCACAAGAUCUCCUUCAUUUCAACUCCCAGAAACAUCCAACGCCUUCCUAAAGUCCCUCCAAAUUUAUCUUCGCAAAUGAAUUUUGUGAGCCUCACUUUACCCCAUCACGAUAAUCUUCCACAACACGCAGAGGCCACCAAUGAUUUGCCAUUUCACAAAAUCCCAUAUCUUAAAAUUGCCUGUGAUGAACUCCAAGAUUCUUUGGCCGAAUUUUUGCAAAAAUCCAAGCCAGAUUGGAUUAUUUACGACUUUAUUGCUUUCUGGUUGCCACCAAUAACAGCCAAGCUUGGAAUCUCCAGCGCCUUCUUCAGCAUAUUCCAGGCUUGGUCAAUCUGUUUCGGUGGCUCAUCAUCAUCGGCCAUGAUCAACGGCAAGGAUCCUCGUACUAAGCCAGAAGAUUUCACUGUUCCUCCACCAUGGGUACCAUUCAAAGCCACCGUUGCCUUUCGACUUCAUGAAGCAAAAAAAAUUUUUGAUCAUUAUGAGAUGAACGAUUCGGGAGUUACAGAUAUGGUUCGUGUGGGGUUGGUGAUAGACGGUUGUGAUGUGAUAGCUGUAAGAAGCUGCAUGGAGAUUGAAUCGCAAUGGAUAAAUCUAGUGAGAGAGCUUCAUGGUAAACCAAUCCUACCUGUAGGGCUGUUGCCGCCUACGACUUAUGACAGUAGAGACACCCUUGAAGAUAACAACUGGCUUACCAUUAAAGACUGGUUAAGAAAACACGAGCCAAAGACUGUGAUUUAUGUAGCAUUUGGAAGCGAGUUAAAUUUGAGCCAAAUUGAGUUGACUGAGUUGGCUCUAGGUUUGGAAUUAUCCGGGUUACCUUUCUUUUGGGCUUUAAGGAAUCGGGAUGACACAGUAGUUCUUCCAGAAGGGUUUGAGGAAAGAGUGAAGGGUAGAGGAGUGGUGUGGACGAGUUGGGCCCCUCAACUCAAAAUAUUAGCUCAUGAAUCGGUGGGAGCUUUUUUGACUCACUGUGGAUUUAGCUCAAUCACAGAGUCAUUAUAUUAUGGACAUCCCCUGGUUAUGUUGCCUUUCUCCAUGGACCAGGGAUUGAUUGCCAGAGUUUUUACAGAGAAGAAAGUUGGCAUAGAGAUACCGAGAAAUGAGGAAGAUGGAGUGUACACGAGGAUAUCAGUGGCGAAGACAUUAAAGUUGGUUAUAGUUGAAGAAGAAGGAAAAAUUUAUAGAGAGAAAACCAAUGAAUUGAGGGUUUUAUUUGCAGAUGAACAACUCCAUGAUCAAUAUAUACACAAAUUUGUUGAGUUUCUGGAGAAUCAUAGGCAAGUUUCAGAUCAUUGAAGUGUAAUAGAUAUAAUUUGCAAUAAGUCAAAAUUAGAUAUUAUUGUUAUUGUUUAAAAAAAUAUUAGUUAUUAGUUUUAUU